UAACCCAUUGACAGCUCAGUCGAGGUGUUAAAGCUGAAAAUGGAUAUUGCUUGACAACUUAUGAAACUACUGGAAUUUUCUAUGGAAUGAGUCAUACAGUUGGCAGAUUAGAAUGAAUUUAUCAUAAGGCUUGUAAAAAAAAAACAACACGUGAGUUUAAUGUUUCAUGACAUUGAACGUACCAACGUUAUAUGUUAAGUUAUAUUCUGGAAAAAGUAUUCUGAUCCUCCUUGUGGAAAAUCCUAGAUCCAUGCCUGCCUCUGUUCACAGGAUCUUGCGCUAUGUUAAGGCGUUUGAGCUCAAGAAGUUGUUCGUUUUUUGUUUUGUUUUUUGUUUUUGUUUUUUGUUGUUGUUGUUGUUUUUAUCUGACAGUGCAUCCGGAUGCAUGGUUUCUUCCGGAUUAAGAUGGUUUGUAUUUGUUUACUCUUUUACCGUGUGAGCCUUAUUUCCGCUGUUUUGAAAAACGUGAACGAAAUCGUUAAAUUUGAAGGUGCCCCCUCAAUUGUCAACGUAAUCGAUUGAAUACAUGCACGUUCAGGGAUUUUAUACAUUAUGGUAAAGACACGACGAAUAGAUCCUGAGUAUCGAGUAAAUACACCUUUGGUUAAACUGAUCAAGAGAACAUCAGUCGGCCUUGCUUUUGCACUCGUAACAGGAACGGUGGUUUGUGCUUAUAGUUUUGCAGAUAUAUUUCCAUCACAUGCUGAUAGAGCAGAAGAAUUCAAACAACGUGAAGAGGCUUUACUUAGAGACGACUAUCGACGUUUGAUGGAAGAAACGGAAAAGGCGGUGGAACAAGGAAGAGAUGGGUUUCCAUUUUCUCAAUAUCGUGAUGCAAAACGUUGACAGAAUUUAAUGCCAAAUUUUAGAUACUACUAAUUUAUUCAAAAUAGGAAAAAAGAAUUUGGGAGGUUUUUGAGUUGAUAUGAAAUGCUGUGUUACAUAUAGGUAGAAUACUGUAUAAGGAAUUUUUAUGUAUUAAAAUUUGCAUGAAGUGUGUUUGUAAUACAGUGUACAUGUUUUGAAUUGCACUGAUGCAUGUGCUAUUUGAUCAGAUUAUAUUUUACUGCUGAUGUAUGUUGUGUAGAUGCUUUUAAUUGUAAUUGAUGUUUCAUUUCCUAUGAUAUUUCUGAUGAACAAUGAAAACAAGAAAAAAUGAGGAGAGCUCAAAGUCGAAACUUUCGCUACAGAAGAAAAAAGAAACAGUGGUGAAAAAAGAUUGGAAAAAUAUUUUGUCAAUCCCGCAUAAUUCUUUAAAUGAAACAUGUGAAUUUAAAGGAAAUAGCAGGAGUAAGGAACAAUCCAAGUGUCAAGUGACCGUGACUAAAGAAACACGGAAUCAAGUGCCCGUGACUGUAUCAAAAGAAGCACGGAAUCAAGUGUCCGUGACUGUGUCAGAAGAAGCGCGGAAUCAAGUGCCCGUGACUGUAUCAGAAGAAGCGCGGAAUCAAGUGCCCAUGACUGUAUCAGAAGAAGCGCGGAAUCAAGUGCCCGUGACUGUAUUAGAAGAAGGAGAAGUAUGGAAUCAAGUUGUUGAAGAUUGCAAUUCCUUGAAGAAAUGUCCAACUUGUGAAACGAGCAUGCCGCUAGAAGUUUUCCAGCAUCAUGUUAGGGACUGUCUUAAAGACAGAUUCCAGAUAAAAGGUACAAAUGAAGAUGAGGAAACUCGGGAUAAAUUUGUUUGCCAGUUUUGUAUGAAGGAUCUAUCUUACUAUAACUCUACAAGGAAAACACAACACCUCAACAGAUGCAUGGAUCAGAUAGAUGAGAUGAAACAAAAGGAAACUGAGAAGAAGAAAGAGCUAGAGCAGGCUCGACUGGCGAUACUUGACUGUCCAAUGUGUGGCAAAACUCUCAAAACCGAAAACGGUAGAAAGGUUCACAUGAAGAAAUGCAGUCAGAAUCUCGGAGUUUCUACCGACCAGCUCCUGGCACUGAUUAAACAACAGGAGGAGGAGAGACAGGUUAAGCUUGCAGCUGGUGAGGUGCCUCAGUCUGCAAAAGCAGGCAUUAGCAAGCUCAACAAGCAGGCUAAGAAGCAGAAGCUCAGAGAACCACAGAGUAAAUAUGAUGAAGAGCUACAGACUGCCUUGGCCAUAUCAAACUCUCUGUGUAAGACUGCAUCUACCGAGAAAACGGAAACCCAGGCCAAAAAACCGGGAAAGAAGAAAGGGGGAGAUCAUGUGCCUGCCCCGCUGGUUGUUUUGCUGUCAGAGGAGGAGAAACAGAAACGUCGGUCAGAGAGAGUGGCCAGCAUGCUCAUUCCACAGGAAUCAGAAGAUGAUGAUGAUGUGGAAUCUCUAACUCAGGUACUGCCUGAGAGUCAAAUCCAGGAAAAAUACACAACUGGGAAUAAUAAGUUGCCAUCAUUGUGGACUCGAUGUAAGUUGUCGACAGGGGGACCAAGCUGCCUCGAGAACAAGGACAGAUUUUAUGUGGAGGAAUUGAUGCCGCCGAUAGCAGUCAGUCGUUUUGUUGUCGGUUCCUCGGUUAAAAAAAUUGAGGACAUUCCUGGCAGGCGAAAGUCUUCAUACCAAAGAUUGGCAGAGAAACAGACGGUCGGUUCGUUAGGCAGCACUAGUCUCCAUGGUGACACUAUGUUGGCAUCCACACAAACUGCUGUUGUACUAGCAGAGUUAGAGGUCAGUGCCAUAGCAACAUCUGACCUCGACCUGACCUGCAGUGGUUUCUGUCCAGACUCUCCAGUCAAAGUACAGGAGCAUACAAGACGAAAAAUGUCAGCAGCUUACCAGAAGAAAAUGGUUUCCAUGGUGAAUAAUCCUGACCUUAGUGAUGUGAAAAUCAGAACAUGUGAUAGUGCGCUAUACGCUCAUCGACUGAUAUUGAGUGUCCAAUGUCCCAGUAUACUCUCAAACUGUGAUGUGGAUGUAGGCCUGACAGAGUUCUCCACAGACUCAGUGUUGGCUGUGCUGAAGUUUGUGUAUGCAGGGGUGAUAUGUCUUCCUAAAGGAUCUGUCUCAGAAAUAAAGCAAUUAGCUACAAGGUUGGAGAUUGAUGAUUUGGUGGAGAUUUGUUCAUCAGUUUCGGAUAACAAGAUUGAUGAGGACCGGAUGGAGAGAAAUCUAAAGGAUCCAGAGGAGGAACGAGACAUGACAGAUUUACAGCAUAUGCUGGAUGAGGAGGUGGAUCUAGGAGAAGAUGAGGGGUGUAAAAGUGAAAAGAAUGCCCAGGAGGAGAUAUCUAAUGAAGAAUAUAAUGACAUCCGCUGCACGCAGCGGAAAAAGUACAGUGUUCCUGAGGCUGGCUGGAAAGGUGGAGGUUCAGAAGAAGUGGGGGAGGAUGCUGGAGAAGAUAGUGACAUCAGUGAAGCAGAGAUUUCUCUCUUCUUCCACGAUGACAGUUUUAAUGGUACUUCUGGAGAGCCGUGUGGGGACAAGGUUGGAAGUGAAGGUCACUCUGCAUCAGAGAAUGUGGAGGGUAUCAAAGAGGCGAAAGUCACGGCUCAAGGUCAGUCCAUGAGAACCAAAAAUGUGGAAGGUCGUAAGACUGUCACCAGAAAAGAGGAAGAUGAAAGCAGUGCUGAUGAAUCUGUAGACGAUAUGGAGGUUGAUCAGGGAAAUGAAGGAAACAGGAAGGACAAGGAUGAAGAGAAGAACCGGAAUAGUAUUCUGUAUGAGGACGAAGACUUGAUCAUUUACAGUGAGACGGAGGACACACCCAAUUGUUCAGGGUCAGAAGUAGACAGAAGAAUGUCAGAGGUCAACCAUCAGUCUGAUGACCUUGAAAGGAGUGGUGGUGUUAACAGUCCCCUGCUAGUGGACAGUGAUGACAGCUCCCACAAUUCACUGGAGGAGAAUGAAGAAUCAGAUGGGGAGGGGUCGCCUGUUCUCCGCAGUUUGGACUCAUCUGGUCUGGAUUUGUUUGAAUCCCCAUUGUCAUCAAAACUAUCCUCAGCAGUAGACGACAAUCAGAGUGGGUUUCAAUCACCACGUAUCAAGAGUCCGGCACCAUGCAGAGAAAAUUCCUUUAGUCCUUCCAUGCCCCCUGGUAAACAAUCAAAGAUCUGUACACCUGUCAAAGUUUUCUCGCGAGGCGGAUCCAGGAAGAUCAUGAGACGAAGUAAUUUGGACAGGGAGAGGUAUGAAACCAGGGAUCAACAGGAGAGUACUGAUCCAAGGAGUAAAAGGGUGGAGGAUCACGUCUGUAUCAGUGGUGGUAAAUCAUCAGUAUCAACGAACUCCGAGUGUGAAGACGAUGUCGUGUCUCUGAUUGAUGACCAGAGUGAAAGUAAUGGGCCAGAGAUCAAAGACAGUAGUCCAAUGCUCUCGAAAAAACAACCUAUAGUAUCUCCUGUGUUUAGUCUGCCAUCUAAGGAGAGAAAGGCUUUUAGAUUUACCAAGACUAAAGCUGUAACAGCGAGUUCACAGAAAAUAACGUCACCACGUAUUACAGAAAUACCUAUUGUUAUUUACUGUGAUGAUGAAAAAAAGCCACUGAAAAAAUCUCCUAGUCGGCAGCACAAGGAUGAUGAUGAAGACCUAAUUGCAACUGUAGAAGAUGAAAUGGGGAUGGAUUGCCAAGCAGCAGACGUAUGGGAAGACUUUGAUGACAGUGGAAUGGGUGGGUGUGUCAUUACUUGUGAUUUCCCCGCCCCUUCAUUCUCAGCCAAUAACUCGAAAGGAGAGGGCAGCACAUCCAUGAAAUACACCAACCCCACUACUGAUCCGGUUACACCCAUAAAUGCAUCAUCAGUUUCAAAACGGAAGUCGUCAUGUAACAUACCAGCGGUUCAGGAGGGAGAGGAGAAUUUUGGUGAUGACAGCUUUGAUGUGGACAUGGUCCUAGGUCAAGUAGCAGAAAAUCAGAAUUUCUUCAAGACACCGACUGACGGCCGACGACCUCCGAAAUCCCGGAAGGAAUGGAUACCUCCAUCACCCUUUACACCAAUGCCGGAGUUUGAGAAAAUGGCUACUCCACAACUCAAACAAGAAGUGCAGAAGUUUGGGGUGAAGCCUGUGGGGAAAAAAAGAAUGCUGCUUCUUUUGAAGGAUGUCUACAAACAGACACACCAAUAUGAGACAGACAGCGAGUUUGAGAUGUCCGUUGAUGAGAUUGUAACAGAGCAGAAUGAUGAAAGCAAUCCAAUCUCGGUGUCUGAUGAAGAAGAAAUCAGCAGCAGCCAGGACUCACAGGGGAGUGCUGUUCUUGAGGAGAGCAUGGUCGCAGAAGAAGAGGAGGUCACUUCAUCCCAGAUUGUAUCCGAUGUGUCGGAGUUGACUCAGAAAAUUUCGCAGUACAUCCACGACACACCAGACCUACACCAGAGAAUAUUACAGUAUGAGCCUUUGGAGUUUGAUAGUUUGAAAAGGGAGAUAACUUCAGCUGGAAUUAAAUGCUCCAUGGAUAAACUGAUGAACUUCCUUGAUGAAAAGUGUAUUACAUUUACAAUGAAGAACAGAAGAAAAAACAGUCCGAGGAAAAGAAGAAAAGGCAGUCCGAAGAAAGGAAGUAAAGGCAGUCCGAAGAAAGGAAGUAAAGGCAGUCCAAAGAAAGGAAGUAAAGGCAGUCCAAAGAAAGGAAGCGGGCGGGGAAGGAAAAAGACCGGGGAUACAGAAGACACAGUUGACUUCAGUCCUGAGUGCAGUAUGGGGACGCUUGUGUUGAGAAAUGAACUGGGGAAUUUGGAGACAGGACUGAAAGACCUGAAAAGAUCACGGCUGAUGGGCAUUCAAGAGUUUAAGAACAUGUAUUUGGCGAUAGAAAAACAUCAUAGGAAUCUGAAGCUGGCUCAUCUCACUGGCCAAGCCAAGGAUCUCCAGGUGCAAGCAGAGCAGGACACCAAAUUUUACCAAAUUCUGAUCAAGAUGAUGAAUGAAGUCAAACAAUUGAGAACAGGUCAACAGAAAGACUCCUUGAUGAAAGUCUUCACAUGGUUCAAAGCCAACAAACACACGCUGCACUCUGGUCCCCAUUUUGGAAAGUCCUACCAAUUAAAGGAAGCUUCAGAGGUAGUGAAGAAAGCUCAGGGGUCAGUGCGACACUCCUCCCCAAGGAGGAGUAAGGUCGUUACCACGGAGAUGGUGAAAGAGGAAGAAGAGAAACCAGCCGUCACCCGUCUCGAAUCUGCGGAGGGGAUGAGGAGGUUUUUCCAGAGUGUUACACCCUCCACACAGCCCAACGAUCCAGAAACUCCCAAAAACUUCUUCAACUUUGACCUUCCCUCUAAUAAAGAUUAUGUCAAUGAAUACCUGACCAGUCGGUUCUUCCAGGCCGGAGAAGUUUCUGGGGUCGGACGGCCAUCUACAUUGGAUACUCCUUCACAUCGCGCUUACAUGAAUGACCAGGUCCCAUCCGACAGAACGACGGCAAUGGAGAGAUUUAUAAACAGUCCUAGUCUGUACGAUGGCCCCGACCUAGAGCUUCAGGGAUUGGCCAGUUCUGUCGGUGAUGUCGAUGACGUUCCUACAGAGUUACCUCCCCACGACGAGGAUGGUCAUGACUCUCUAGACAGUCAGCGGUACAUCGAGAGCGUAACAGUCGACAGCCGGUAUCAGGACGAAGACGAAGGGUUUGAAGUUGACGAAUCGGGACCAGCAGAUAUCGACAUGGAACUGCCAGAAAUUCGUAGAAAGUUGUCUCGGGAACAGACUGCCUCGGCCAGUUUUAGGGCUGCUGUUUCUGCUCCUACACAUGAAGAUCAGUUUUCCAAUUUAUCAACAUACAUUCCAAAAAAGAUGGUGCAUCCCAUCGCUAGUCUGGUUAACCCUCACGCCCAGCUAGCAGCAAUGGAGGCCAAGCGAGCAGAGGAGGAGUACCACUCCACCAGGGAAAACACUAGCAUGUCACACAGGAUCGUCAGCAGAUCUGCCUCAGCUGUUCCAAAGUCCUCCGCCACCCCUCAGAUAUCAACAUACCGACCAAUGACAGCUGUUCCUUCUAGAUCUGAAAGUAUGAGUCAGUGGAGAUCAUACAACAAGGAUAUGUCGUAUGGACAGGAAAUCCUAAGAGACCUGAGUUUUGUGGGUCGCAGUGGUACGGCCAUGGAUGUGCGCUACACGGCCCACGACUUUGGAGAAAUGCCAGAGGAAACCACAAAACAUGUCGUAGCAUUCUUUUCUCAGAAUUCAAAGUCGGUACCGAUUGCCAAGGUUCUGACCCCGCGACCUGUGGAGGUUCAGGAACUAUAUACACAGAGUUCACUAGAGGAGUUCUAUGUUAUGGCAGACAAUCUUUAUCCCAAACUGCCAAAAUACCGCAGACCUGUGUAUUCAAAGCCAAAAUCCACCGCGUCAAGUCGCGUGCCAGAAACCACGGAGAGGACGACACGGUCCACGGAAAAACCUAAAUUCCACCCCCUCGGCAAACAGCUUCUAGAUGCUGCGGAAAUGGAGUUACGCGAGAAAGAGAACAAGCCUCCGCCAGAGCCCACUUCAGCGGUCAAACUGGACACUGUGGUACAACUGGUGGACGAUGUCUCCGAGACAAUGACCUACUUCAAAGAAAGGCUUGCUCCAGCUCCGAGUCCAGGAUUUCGACAGCCUGCCAGUAACAGCGUGUCACGACGAGCUCUCUCACGUCCAGCAACAGCCACAGGUCAUAGGUCACCAAGUCCCAUACAAAGGUCAAACUCACCGGAAGUUAUGACUGAUCGACCUAGACCACAGACGUCUUUCUCCCCCAAUAACCGGGCUGCUGGGGUGGAUUUCAUGGAGCCCCACCCCCCUAGAUCUGCACGGUCAGGCACAUCCAGCCGUAUGGCAGAGGCCAUUGACUGGAGGGGAAAGAUUAUUCCAGACACGGAACGUGCCAAGUGGCAAAAGUCUAAGUUUGGGGACCAUACGUAUGUUCAGAAGAUGAAAGGAAAGCGGCCUGUGGGGGCUACACAUGCUGGAAAACGACCGAAAACUGCACCGGAGCGCUGGAAAACGGACAAGGAUACCUGCUCCAAUGUCCGCGUAGAGUCUCAGGCAGCGACAAAUACAAUGACAGAAGUGGACCCAGACACUGUAGACUCCAUGAUGAGAGUGCAACCAAUCGAGAAUUGGAACACAGGGAUGGGGUCCAUGAAUUCUAUUUUGUUGGAUGAGGACUUCCUGCGAUCUCUGAGUGGGAGCAGGCACACCGGGCACCCCACCACAGACACCACCACCCCCGUACCCAUGGAGUACGUCCCCAUAGUGUCCUCAGCACCAAGGUCACUCUCAGGUAGUCGAGCUCAGAGUCGCCAGACACGAUCCCGAUCUGAAACGAGGACCGAGAGUCGAAUUGAUGAAAUACGGGACAACCAGACAACAUGUGAUGACCAGGAAACAGCAAAGCCGGCAUCAGAGGAACCAGUUGUCAAGGACGACCAUCUCAACCAAAACCAACCAGAACCCGACCAAGCUCAGCAACCCACUGUACACUUCCAAACACCGGAGUUAAAUGAGGAGGAUUUAGAGGGCAGACAGGAUUUAGGGGAUGUGCCAGGAGUGGGGACAGUGAGUAUCGAUGAUCAGGGUCGAAUUAUCGGAAUCGUCAAGGAGGAUGAUGACAUCUCUGUAACUACCACCACAACUAUCGAAAAUGACCCAAUAGCACAACGGCAACCAAUUCAGUUCCACACAGAAGAUUUACACAACGGCCAGGUCCACAUAGAAGUCACAUCAGUGCCAUCUGCUGGUCGUGCACCAACACCCCAAGAGUUUAGACAGCGCCCCCUACAAGUUCUCAGUAAGUCCGACUCUUGGAAUUUUGCUCCAGAUGUAGAAGUACAGGAAGUGGACUCGGAGAAAUAUAUCCCUGAUCAGAAGAAGCCACAAUCAGCUGGCGUCUUCCAGAAGGGAGACAUUUGGUAUAAAACUAUUGUGAAACCCGAGAACUAUUGUUUUGAGUGUCUCCCUGAUAGUAUGUCCACUAAAGUGGGCCGUUCCGCGGGAAGGAUGCCCGGCCGCCCGCAGAGUGUGUCGUCCCAGGUGCUACGAAUGGCUCGUAAACAGAACGAAUAUUUUAAGAAGGCUCCCCCGGUGCGAACUCCACCCUCUAUACCUAGUCCCUACCAUCAGGCGGCAGCCACACCCAGAUACGGGGAAACAUACAACUCCAGUCUGGAACACCAUGCGCGGAGAGAGAAAAGUCCUCGUCAUUUCAUGGAGCAGGUGGUGGAUCUAAGGAAAGACUCGGUUUCUGCUCCUCCCGGGUCUGUGUUCACAAGGGAAGAUAGCCUGAUGGACUCCCUGCAGGUGUGUAGAUUGUCCACCAGGGGGAGCCACACAGAGGGAUUCGAGGGGAAGCCUAAUGCAGAGCAACAGGGGGUGGCGGAGGAAAACGAAACAAAGAGGGUGGCUUUCAGGGAUGAAAUCGAGCCCUCGAUGGAGGAAAAGAAGAGUUCCAUCUCCAUGACAACAAAGUACCCAGGCUACACGCAGCAGUCGAUUGCUCACAUUGGCCGGCCUAUAGCUCAGGUGUCCCGGAUACCCGACCCAGACGAAGAGGCUGUGGCAGCCAGGAUACAGUUUGAAGCUAAGGCAGCAGUAGAUAUACAGAGAAUUUUCAGAGGUUAUGUAGCUAGAAAUGUCUACAAAAAACUUCUUCGAGAAGAACGGGAAAGAUUAGAAGAUGAAAGGAAAGCAGCUACAGAGAUUCAGAGGCGAUACAGAGGCCAUUUAAUCAGGAAAAAUCAGAUCUACCGACAAACUGGACUGAAAAAAGAGCACUUAGAGUGGGCUGCCGACCUCAAACAAAUUAAAAAUGAAAAUGGCGCCCGUCGACAGAGAAAGAUGGAGUCACUGGCUGAAACUAACACUCUCAAUUAUCAAAGAAGUGCCUCAAAGCUCUCCUCCAUUGGGCCGCACGUGGACAUAUACCAAAUCUAUCAUCCAAAGCAGACUGGUCCUACAAAACAAGACAUGCUCAAUGCAGCUACUCACAUCCAGCGAUAUAUACGAGGAUUCCUAGUCAGGAAGAGGUUUGAGAGGCUGAAGAGGAAGUGUGUCUGGCUUGGAUCAACAUACUCGAAGAUGGUAAAGGAAUAUAAGACCAUUCUGCGGAAAUGUCAGCUACGACACGGUGUGGACCGUCCCAAAACCCCGUUCAGUAUCCACGACAUGAACGAAUAUCUGGAUCUAAAACGACGUUAUGAGAGUGUGUUUGACAAGAAAGCCUUUGGUUCUGAGCUGGAGGUCGGAGAGUUGGAUGCCUUCUUUAAGGAAUGUGACAUGUAUCCAUCUACAUCCGAAAUUGAUGAGGCCAUUGAUGUAGUCUUCCAUGGUCAACAAGUCAAGCGGGGUUUGUUAAAGCCGGAGGUGAUGGAGAUUGUGUUUUAUAUCUACACGCCUAAAGCUACCGGGCUCCCGAACGUACGUCAGUCCACCUGGCUCAACCCCAUCAUCGACGGAGUGGAGGCCCGCAAACUGAUAGUCAAUGCAUCUAACAAGAAAGGGCAGACCAAUCGAAGUGAAUAUGUGGAAAAAGCACCACUGGAAGUCUGUGCCAAACUUGUGAUCGAUUCGCUUCGUGAGCGACGCGAGAAAGAGAGGAGAGAGAAAGAACAAAAAUUGACUGAGGACCUCGCUCAGAUGAAGGCAAUUCGUGAGGAAGAGGCGGCAGAGAAGAAGAAGGUGGUCAUAGUAACACCAGAGGAGGCAAAACAAGCGGCAUCAUUGAAAUGAGGAGGACAGAUGUGUGUGUAAGAGAGAACAUGGCUCAGAGGCAUGAAUGAAGAAAUAUUGAUCCAGAAAUUCUUGUGGGACUUUAUAUUUGCAAAUGUCAUCAAUGUCUGUAAAUUAUUUGCGACUUUAUACAUUUAAUCACUUUGACUGAAUAUUCAGGAAUUGUUAUUCAGGAAAAGGAACUGGUAUGGGAGAGUUUUAUUUUUUUAAAUCUCGAGGGACUGAAUUAGACGAAUUGUUGAAGUUGUUUAGGAAAAGCAAUAUCAGGGGAGGAUAUCAUUUUCACAGGUUCAUAUUCUCGCCUGCUGGAAAAUGAAAUGCUUGUGUGUAAAAUCAGAGUUACAGUAUAUAAUUUACGACAAUGAGGGACGAGCCCGAUGCCCCAUGUUUUGUUGUUUUUUUUAUCUAGUCCAAUCGAGGAAUUAGAACUUUUUCCUUUCAAUGUGUUAUUUUGGCAUCGGAUUCUCAUCGGUUGUACUAAGAAUUGCAACAUUUUUAUGAUAGUGUCAUUAGAUUACAAUUUUGUAUUUUGUUUCGAUUUAUCUAUUAACUGUAAACGAGAGAAAUGGUUUUUUUGACAUAAAAUAUUGUGUGCAUUUACUGUGAUAUCUGCAGAUCAGUAUUAUUUAUGACCAUUUUAUUAUAUGUGUGAACCAGUCAGUCCUGUUUGCUGCCAGUCGUGAUGUGUUUUUCAUCACCAUUGCUAUGUCUACUACACCACUGGUCCCCAGACCAGAUAUUGACCUAGAUAACGGAUAUAUUGGAUGUUGAAACAUUUACAAGUUCAUGCAAGUUUUACAAUGGAGCAUGGUUUUCCUAAAUAUGGGGGUUUUUUUAUCCAAAGUUUAUGGUGACUUUAUAGAGAAAUUUUCCUUACCGAUGUUUUGAAUGUGACCACUGGUGAGGUGGACACAUUGUGACCUUGACCUUGGGUACUCGAAUCAUCUAUUUAUAUCUCAUACUUUUGUAUUCAUAUUUGUACAUUCAUGAGUAUUUAUUACAACUUUUGUGUUUCCCAAUACAAAGAAAAAUGUAAAUGAAAUGAAUGUUGUUUGAUCAGUAUAUUACACACAGUACAUUUGCGGUAUUUUGUAGAUAUGCUGUUUUAUGCAAAUACAGAAGAUCUCUGUAUUAAAAGAUAUUUUGAUUUUUGACCCAUUUACAAGUGUAUAUGUACAAGAGUUAUUUUUAUAUGUAUACACAUAAAAAGCAGUGGUGAUUUUGAAUCAAACAGUUAUACAGAUCUUUUGCCUUGUUUAUAUGUUUUCUAUUUAGAUGAAGACUGUGAUAAUUAUUUGUAAUAAAUAGAGAAAUGACAA